AUGGAGCCCCAAUCGCCCCCUAAGCGCAUCACGCGCUCCAGAGCUGCAAAAACCGGCGACACCACGACAAGCACGAGAACAACAAAGAUCGUGACUGCUGCUGCCAAGGCCAAGGCUAACCCCACUGCUCCGACGCGAUCCACCUCAGCCAAAAGGAAGACCCGAGCCGACGACGUCGAAGAUGAAGAACACGACGAACAAUCACAACAGCCCGAGACAGCGGCUCGUACCACAAGAGCUACAAGGGGACGUCCGAGGAAGACAACAGAGGACACCGCAGAGCCAGUAGCCUCAUCAUCAAGCGGUGUGCCCGGCAGGGCCACGCGUGCACGAGCUGCUGCGCGCAAGGUUUCCACCACGGAGCCCGCCGCCCCCAAAGAAGAGCCUGUGAAGCCCACCCGCGGCCGACCCAGAAAGACGGCAACUGAGGACGUUCCCGCCAAGGAAGCGGAACCGGUGAAGAAGACGACGACGACGACGCGCACUCGCGCAGCAGCAGUCACAACAGCAAAGCCCGCCGUCAAGAAGACGGUAACAUUCCAAGAACCCGAAAAGGAAAACAUCGCUCCUGACGCAAGCAAGAAGACGACCGACAACUCCACAACUGCCACUGGUCUCCGAGCCAGACCGGUGCGAAAGCCCCCCGUUCCCAAGGCUCCUCGAUCUACAAAGGCUGCCGCCACUACCACCUCCACUUCGAAGCCUGAGAAGACUCCUCUGAGCCCUAAGAAGGUCACACAGGUGCCCUUGCCUCGCGACUGUUCCGAGGACGAGUUGGCUGGCCCAGACACGCCUCCGAGACCCAUGAUGAAGAGUCCCACGAAGCCCCCCGCCAGUGCCCUCGGGUCCUCCAAGAAGCUUAACCUGUUGCCCUUCGACAAGGCGGCUGAGACUGAGCAUGCCGAAGACGACGAAAACAGCGCCAAGUCGGAGGCACAAGAAGACGAGGUCACGAAUUCUCUGGCCUCGCCUGCCAAGAGACUGCCUGCUUCGCCCCACAGAGAUACGAUGAAGUCUCCAGCUAAGCGCGCCGAGGGUGUCUCACUGUUGAAACCUACUUCUUCCAUGAAUCCUAGUGCUGAAGGUGGUUCCAACUCGCCCUCGAAGGCCUCUCUGCUUCAGUCUCCCGCCAAGCGCCCGCAGUCUCUCAUGAAGCCCUUCACUUUGCCCUCGGCCCACGAGGGAGAGAAGAUCUCCAACUUCAAGGCGUCUCUGCUUCAAUCACCCGCCAAGCGGCCGCUAUCUCCCAUCAAGGGUAUGAAGCCCUUGGAGGCAUCGGGGCAAUUGCAAUCCCCCGCCACGAAGCCUCUGCUUCUGUCUACACCGACAGCUCUGCGUCCAGUGAAGCGAUCGUCUGAGAAGCUCAUGGCCGAGGAAUUGAACGGCCAUGACGAAGAGGGAGACGACGAGCUGGACGAGGUCGCAGAAGCCAUGCUCAAUGAGUCCAUCCACCUAGAAGAGCCCAUGCAAUUCCCUGGCCGUCUUUCAGCCGUUCUUCCUAGACACGCGGACCCUGUUCUAAAGAAGGAUAUGCCGGUUUUUGAGGCUGCCAAGGAGCAGGCGAAGCAAGUCGAACAGGCCAACUACUCCCAGCAAACCGAGGCAACUUCAGAGUCUGAUGUCUUUACGGACGCCGCCAUUGUGGAUGCUCCCGAUUUCAACGGAGAGCCUAUGAUGGUUGACGAGGAGUCGUACUUCCAGUCUCAGCCCCAAGACACUACCCAGGCUGCCCCUCAGCUUACCCUCAAUGCGCCCAGCGGGCUCUUUGGUCUACGCCAAAAGGAUAUGGACCCAUUCAACAACGUGGACUCUGAUUCGGAUGACGAGCUUGCCAACAGUCCUCGCGUCUCUGCAGCUCACACCCUGGUUCCCGCGACGCCUACUCCCGCAAACUCCCGCCAAAGCCCUGCCAAGUCGAGAGUCUCCAGCAUUGGCUUCACCCCUCUAGCACAGCAGCUCAACGCUUGGUCUGCUGCCAGCCCCGCCAAGACGCCCAGACGGCCUGUCACCCCGGGGCGUCCUGCCGCGACUCCUCGUGCCGAGGACUCUCCCCUUCGAAGCACUUACUUCGAGGAUGAGAUGACUGUCCGAGCGGACAUGGAUGCGCAGAAUGAAAUCGAGGAUGCCAUUGAUGCCGAGAUCUCUGCCGCCGCUGACGCAGAGGAUCCCGAGUUCGACGACCUCAUGGUCACCGACGAAGACAUGGCUCUCGCCGCCGAGGCAAAUGAGAUGUCUCUGAUGGAGCCUGGGCAGCUGGACGAGAUCGUCAACACUUCCAACAGCUUUGACGACACUCUCUCGGAGGCCAGCCAGGAGUAUGGUGAUGAGAACGAGAUGCCUGUUGAUCCUGCCAUGUUCAAUGGUGAUGUUUUUGUGCCGCCAACCACUCCUAACCGAGUUGUUGCGCGCGAGUUCCAUACCGUAUCCAAGGUCCCCCUCAAGCCCGCAGACGAGUCGACUCCGCGCCCCAAGAAGAAGCGUGCCGCCAGCAUAUCUCGACUCCCGGUCAGCCGCCCGAGUCUCAACAGAAGCGCGACUGUCAUCUCCUACUCGCCUAGCAGGAAGCACAAGGCCGAGGCGGAGCAGGAGCAGGAGAAUGAAGAGGAGAACGACGAGAACGAGUCUGAGUUUGCACCCGUCACACCGGCCAAGUCCGAUGUCUGGUCGAGUCUCGGAACGCCAGCUCGCACUCCUCGCAGAGACCUCAACCCGGGUCUCCUCCGCGGUGCCGUCGUCUUUGUUGAUGUGCACACCACCGAGGGCGCAGACGCCAGUAACUCAGAUGCCGCCAAGAUCGGCAUUACCCAUGUUGUAUACAAGGAUGGCGGCAAGCGUACAAUGGAGAAGGUCAGAGAGUCCAACGGUGUGGUGCAGUGCGUUGGUGUCAGCUGGGUCCUUGACUGCGAACGCGAGAAUGAGUGGCUUGACGAGGCACCAUACUACAUUGACACCUCAUUGGUUCCCCGAGGAGGCGCCCGCCGUCGCAAGAGCAUGGAGCCCAAGUCUCUGGCCAACCAGAACGGCAUGCUCGUUCCGACGCCCGUCAAGGCUGGUCGUGAUGCCAAAACGGCGCCGAACACGCCCAUGAACCGACGUGACAGCACCGUCUGGAUGCACACCCCUUCGGAUGAGGCCGAGGAUGACGACGAUGACUGGCAGGGCCUGAUCUCCCCCGUCCCCGCCACGCCCGCACCGGAGGCACUUGCCCGCUAUGCUGCCGAGACGCCUUCCGCGUCGACCGAGUACGACUCGUCUCCGACUAAGGCACUGUUGAUGCAGACUUGCCCGCCUAAGCCAAACAACUACGCCCAGAUGGGCGACGGCAUCCUCAACAGGGACAAGGACGAGAGCGUCAUGCAGCGCUUGAUGGCAGCUCGCAGAAAGAGCUUGCAGUUCGCUCCCAAGAUUGGAAGCCCGUUGGCCAAGGCCUGGAAAUAG